CUCCCUCCGAGCCGCGCGCUUUGGGGGCUAUGCCUGCGGGCAUGUUCAGCAUCGACAACAUCCUGGCGGCCAGACCCCGCUGCAAGGAGUCGGGGCUUCUGCAGCAGCAGCAGCAGCAGCAGCAAGCGGCGCCUCAGCCGAGCGCGCCGUCGGUGGUUUUCUCGACCAGCCUGCACGGCGGGGACUCGCUGUACGCCUCGGCCGCCGCCGCCGGCGGAGACUACGGCGGAUAUUACUCGCGGGCGGUGGCCCCGGCCUCCAACUUGCCCGCGCUGGGCGGAUCUCGACUGGGAGGCUAUGGCAACUAUUACUACGGGCAGCUGCACGUCCAGGCGUCCGCCGUGGGGCCGCCUUGCUGCGGCGCGAUGCAGCCCCUGGGCGCGCAGCAGUGCUCCUGCGUCCCGGCAACAGGCUACGAAGGGACCGGGUCCGUUCUGAUGUCUCCGGUGCCCCAUCAGAUGCUGCCGUACAUGAACGUGGGCACCUUGUCCCGGACUGAGCUGCAGCUGCUGAACCAGCUGCACUGCCGUCGGAAAAGGAGGCACCGCACCAUCUUCACGGACGAACAGCUGGAGGCUCUGGAAAACCUCUUCCAGGAAACCAAAUACCCAGAUGUGGGCACCAGGGAACAGCUGGCCAGGAGGGUCCAUUUGCGGGAGGAGAAAGUGGAGGUUUGGUUCAAGAACCGCCGGGCUAAAUGGAGAAGGCAAAAGAGGUCUUCUUCGGAGGAGUCAGAAAAUGCCCAGAAAUGGAAUAAAGCUUCCAAAACAUCCCCAGAGAAGAGACAAGAAGAAAGCAAAAGCGAUUUGGACUCCGACAGCUGAUACCUUACCCUCCACCCACCCACCCACCCCGAGGAUAAAUUUGCUGGGCCGGCGGAACGGACAUACCUUGCCUGCACAACUUGCACCGAGAAGGAAGAUGCUUAAGAAUUCUUGCACAGACUCUGCCUACGCAGGAGGAGGGAAAGGAGGACCGUAUAAAUAUAUAAAUAUAUCUAUCUGUAUAUAAUGUACACAUGACGACCCUGGGAGCGAUCCCUUUUAAAUAAAGCGUGUU